AUGGCGGCGGCGGCGGCAGCGGGGGACUCCGACUCCUGGGAUGCGGACACGUUCUCCGUGGAAGACCCGGUGCGGAAGGUGGGGGCCGGCGGUACGGCCGGCGGGGACCGCUGGGAAGGCGAGGACGAGGACGAGGACGUCAAGUUAGAAGAACCUGAAGAAACAAAAGUACUAACACCAGAAGAACAAUUAGCAGAUAAACUGCGGCUAAAGAAAUUACAGGAAGAAGCAGACCUUGAAUUAGCAAAAGAAACUUUUGGUGUUACUAAUACAGUUUUUGGAAUAGAUGCUAUGAACCCAUCUUCAAGAGAGGACUUCACAGAGUUUGGAAAGCUACUAAAAGAUAAAAUUACACAAUAUGAAAAGUCAUUAUAUUAUGCCAGUUUUUUAGAAGCCUUAGUUCGAGAUGUGUGUAUUUCAUUGGAAAUUGAUGACUUGAAAAAGAUCACCAAUUCACUGACUGUGCUUUGUAGUGAGAAACAGAAGCAAGAAAAGCAAAGCAAAGCCAAAAAGAAGAAGAAAGGUGUGGUUCCUGGAGGGGGAUUAAAGGCCACCAUGAAAGACGAUCUGGCAGAUUAUGGUGGUUAUGAUGGAGGAUAUGUACAAGACUUUGAAGAUUUCAUGUGA